CAUUGUGCAGACGGGAGAUGAUUCAUACAAAUUUCUAUAUGGUGAUCAGGCUCGGCAUUCGGAUUUGAAACGAGCUAUGGCUAGCGCUGGAGAGAAUAAUCUAAAUGCUACUAAGUUACGUGAUACAGAUCUGGACAACCUUGAUGGGAAACAUACUGUUUCUGGAGAGCGGAACCUUCCUUAUGCUGAGAUAAAACCCCGUGUGCUCUGGGUUUGUAAUUUGAAUUCAGUAACUGAAGACGAAGACCUAUAUACAAUCUUCUCACGCUUUGGAACCGUGGCAUCUGCUGAAAUUAUUAGAGAUCGCGAGACUGGGGAUAGCCACUGUUAUGGUUUCAUUGAGUUUGAGGACAAUGAGGCCUGUGAGUUAGCAUAUUUUAAGAUGAUUAAUGCUGUAAUUGAUGAUCGAAGGAUACACGUUGGUUUCAGUCAGAGUGUCGCAAAGUCAUGGAACCAAUAUUGAACAAGACAGCAAGCAGCAUGAGAUGGUAAGGCUGAUAGAUAUUAGUUUAAAGAUUUUGAGUUACAGUUUUAGCUAUAACUAUAUGUUAAGCCUCUUUUUUCCAGAUUCAGUUAUGCUUACUUUGGCAUUAACAAACCUUUAACCCCACAAAGAUUAGUAAUGUUUUUAUUGCUU